AUGGCCACCUCGCCAACUAGGACGCGGCCUCGAGCGCCCGUACCACCACCAGUGGCGCGCUCCUCAUCAUCCUCGUCCUCACUCCUCUUCAAUGGCAAUCCUCCUCGCCACGCCUCGAGCGCAGACAUCGUCGAGGAGACUGAAGCUAUCGGAAGCGACGACGGUACAGCCGGCGAAGACGACCUGCUAGCGUCACUGGAUGGCGACGACUUUGACCCAGUCAUCUGGCUCAAUGACCAUCUCGACGAUGCUUGCCCACAAGGCUCAGCUGCAUCGGCCUCCUUGCCCGAAAUCGAUGCCGCCCUCUCUUCUCUAAUCACAAGUUCAUCUAUAGCGCGCUCAGAUGUAGGGACCAGUAUCGGGGAGGCCAUCGCCCGCUCAUCUCGAGACGUGCCCAAGCUCGCCGACGACAUGACUUGGGUAACGAAAAGCGUCUCGACCCUACAGUCAAAGAUCGAUCACUUGGCCUCUAUGGCUCCUGACUACAACCAGGACCCAGGUAGCUCAGCGCUGUCACACCUGGCUCAGCUGCAUCACCUUCACUCCCAAUUAGCUUCCUACCAGUCCCUCCUGCGUCUCGCCUCCUCGUGGUCAACUUUAGCAUCCGACGUCUCUUCCCUCCUCACCGAAGCCAACUCGCCCUCAAUACCCCUCGCCGACCUCGUCGCUAAUCUCAACUCUGCCUCUAUGCGGCUCACAGAGGCAAAGGACUCGCUCAAUGUCUUUGGCGAUCCGAAGGAAGCGCAAGAAAAGGCGAAGCUCCUCCUCGAUCUCACUGAUGGAUUUGAAGCGACUGUGAGGCCCAAGCUCGUCCAGCGUAUUCGUGCACUGCCACAUCAGCAGUCUACAUCAUCUGCCCCACCGACGGCCACGCCAGAGGACAUCGAAGCGAUCCGGAUGCUCGCAAAUCUCCUCGAGCGCGUCGGGAGAGGAGCUGUGUUUGGAGAAUGCUGGCGGCGGACAAGAGCAGAGGCGCUCCUCGAGAGUUGGAAAAGAAGUUCAUCUGCCCCUGCUGGAGUCGCGCCAUCUUCUCAAGUGCAAUCCCUCCUCUUCAGCGUGGUGUCUCUCCUGUCAAGCGAGAGGGCAUAUGCGCCCAUCCUGUUUCCGGAGAACACAUUGGCUGCUGUCACAGAGCUCGUGGAGGGUACGCUGCAGUGCCUUUCGCCUAGUUUGGGCCAAUUUGUUGAGACUGCAAGAGCGUCAAACGAGGAAGGCCUCCUCGAAGUCAUCAAGAUCGUCAGAGUCAUGCGGGAGGGCGGGCGCGAUAUCAGCCGCAUCUUGACAAGACUGGCUGUAACAAGCAGCGCUCCCACAGCAAGCUUUGAAGCUCAAUCAGCAGCAACAGUCACUGAUGGCACCGUCUCGCCGCAAGCAGCUAGGCAAAGAAAAAUCUCGGAUGCUCCGACGAGUCCGACGCAUGACAGGAGGGCUUCCCUUUCUCGCCGGCGCUCUUCGCGACUGAGCUCCAAGCGACUAUCUAUCUCGGGGACAGGCCACGACGAAUCCAUUAUCGAAGACGGCAAAGCAGUCGCCGCUUCUCCAGGAGAUGCAGCCUCAGUCUCCGUCCUGAUCGCUGCGGAACGGCGGUUUUGCGAGGCCUACUACACUUCCCUCGUCUCAUCAUGGGACAGCUUCGGCGCCAGCGAGAGGGCUCUUCUUCGCGCUCUGUGGCAGAGAGAGAGCCAGACGCUGGUCAUGUACUCGCGACCUACAGCAGGAGCGGAGCAGACACUCUCAUCUGUUUACGAGCACCUUGCGAGGUCAAUGGCCGUCCUCAUUGAUCUCAGUGAGGACUCCCUUGGGCGAUGCUUAGAGCUCACGCGUGGUCUGGCUGUCAAAGGAUUGUUGAGCGCAGUGGAAGAUGUGGUAGCUGCUGUAGUCGAAGAGGCAGGCAAGGACGUGGAAGCUCUUUGUCGCGGCGCAUGGCAGAAGUACACCCUCGCCAGCGCGCGCUUUGAUGGGAGCGAGUGGAACGCUUUUGGAGAGGUGGCAAGGGUGCUCGCUGGCAUGCGAGGGCUCUGUCGCAGGGCCCAGGCACUUCACGCUUCGCUCGUAGCGGGGCUGAAGGAAACUUCGCUUGCUAUGGCGGCUAAGGAUGCAAGCAAAGCUGAAGGGUCAGCGGAAUCACAGGAAGCCGUCAUCGAAUGCCUGAUCAAGCUGCGGGCUGCGACCGGUCCUACCCCUGCUGCCGGUGAGGUUGCGCUUCUCAUGGAGAAGUCGACGGUGACUUCUGAUCCGGGAGAGAGAGAAGCGCGCAAGCAGAUCGCGGCGAUGCCUUCGAACAGCGAGCCUAGCAAUACGGCUUCUCUCGGCCCCAUCGCCUCAGCUUCAACACUCGCCCAUCAAGUGCUCCCAUCCCUCCCUCUUCUUCCUCGCCUUACCCAAUCCAUCGCUUUCCUUCUCACACCCUUCCUACACUCUCUCCUUCUCCUCCCCCUUUCCCCGCUCCUGUCGCAACUGCUUACAGUCUACUCUGACUUACCACACUGGACGUCCAAGACCUUACCGGGGCAAGUCAGCAACGAAUUCCAACUGGACAUGCCUUCCUUCUCUCUUGGCCCAACGGAAUUGAUGCAGAGCGUAGGAGAAGGGCUACUCGGGCUGGUCAGGGAGCUAGAAGGGUGGAUGCAGGCAGACCAGGACGAAAGGGAGAACGGGAUCAGGUGGGGCGUCGAAUUGAUGGUGGAGAGGGCACGGCCGUCGGAUGGAAAUCAGGCAAGUAGUGCUGCACAGAUGGAAGAGCGCAGCGCGCAAGACGCGAAAGCAGAAAGGAGACGCAGCUCCAUGCUGCCGCCACCUCAGCCGGAGGUGGGACCCUCUCUUUCGCCGACUAAGCAGCGCAGGCAGAGCUCCUUCCUCUCAGCGAGCGGCGGCGUGGGCGAAGCGUCGUCACCGAGCGAAGGUUUGGCUUUGUCGACUUCGCCUUCCUCGGUCUCGCCGCCUUUGACGCGCAACUCAACCUCGGCGGCAGCAGCACUGCCAGAAGACGCGCAAGCUUCAUCCGGCGACGCAGUCGCAGACGCCUCAGCACCUCCCUCCCUCGACCCGCUGAGGGCCUACUUGUCCCUCCUCCUCACCCACCUGAUCGAGGCUCACCUCCUCCGUUCAGUCCUACCACGGCUGCCUCUUCCUCCCUCCAAGUCUGACAUGGCACCGCCAGGUAUCCCGCGAAUGACUCAGUCAGGAUGGCGCCAGCUGGAAGCGGACGUGGACUACUUGGGAAACAUUCUCAGCGCCCUCGAUGGGAAUGCGGCAGGUGGGCGAGCCCUGCCUGGUCCAGGAAGGGCACGAAGCGGAGAGCAGGAGGAUGGUACUGAACAACUUGAUGAGCGGUUGCGUGGCUGGAAAGACACUGUGGGCACUCGUGCUGGCUACAAAAGAACAGCAAGCAGUGAGCUCGCCGGUGAUGAGAUAGACGACGAGGUGGCAUACACCAGUCCCUGGGCGGGCAGUGAGGUACUGCAGACCUCCUCAUCCACGGGCCCUGCUACAGUGUCGUCGUCAAGCAACGGCCGCGGCCCCACGAGCAAUAAUCUCGAAACAGCAAGUCUUCGACGCAUGCUCUUCGCCCAGCGCAAUCGCAAGGGCGGCGGCGCCGACUCGCCCUCGUCAUCCUCAUCACGGCCGGGCAGUAGAGGUGGACCCGAGUCGAGCUCAGGCUACGCCAAGAGCGUUGACUUGAGCGCGAUGAAUGUAGGAAUGGGAUGGUGA